AAUAAUUCCGACUCGAAUGUCAUUUUAGUACAAUGGCGCAGUCGAACGUUUUACUUUACAGCGACACUAAGAAUCAGAAAAGUAGGACAGGAAAUCGCCAAUUUAAUCAACUAUUUAGGGGGCCUCGUGGGAUUAGAUCAGGAAAAUGUCCAUCUGAUAGGACACAGUUUAGGAGCACAUACAGCCGGUUAUGCUGGUAAACACCUCAAAGGGCUAGGCCGCAUUACAGGGCUUGACCCGGCCGAACCUAAGUUCAAAGGAGCGCAUUCUAAACACAGGCUUGAUCAUACGGAUGCACAAUUGGUAAACGUCAUACACACGGGUGCACCAAGUACAUAUUUUGGAUUUGGUAUAAAAAUGCCGUGUGGCCACGUUGACUUUUAUCCGAAUGGCGGUACAAAGCAACCGGGCUGUAAUCCUUUUAAGAUUGAUCUUGAUGAACAAAAUAGUGAAGCAAGGUGUGACCACAUGAGAGUCCUAGACCUAUACACUGAAUCUAUAAACUCAAAAUGCUUGUUCGUUGCAAACAAAUGCGAUUCAUAUGGACAAUUCCUAAAAGGUAAUUGUUUUUCGAGUAACGAAACAGAAAUUAGCAUAAUGGGUUUGAAGACGACAAAACCUUCUUAUCAUCCCGGUACAAAAUACUUCUUAAUCACAGGAGAUGCCUCGCCGUAUUGCAUACGAGAAUAUGCAAAAUAACAUGUAUACUGAUUGCCUUGUGAUCAUCCAACCUUUCACCAAUGAGAAACGAUGGAGUCCUACUGGGAGUACGACGUGGUCAAUAUUUACAGUAUUGUGUAUCAGUUAAGCGACAGCAAUGGAAGAAUAUCUAGGUGGAUAUAAAACAUUUUUUUAAAAAUAUAAAUAGUAAAAUUACUCUAAACUAGCUUACACACUAGGUGUGUUUGCG